GAAUAGAAGUCUCGGCCGCAUGGAUGCGGUCUGAGCCGAGUGGCGAGGGACUCGCCUUCCCGGCCACCCAUUUAGCGGGGCGGGGCGCUUCGACUCUUCUGGCAGGGCGGGGCGCCUCGCGAAGAUGGUGGCGCGCGCAGCGUGUGGCUCCCGUCGUCUGCCUAGGUCUCAACUCAGCGCACCGGCCGGCGACUCGCUGGCCUGGAACCCCCCGCCGCCGGGUCCCUGACCCCCCGCCCCGUCGUGCCCGACUUGCGGCAUGCCCCGCGCCCGAAAAGGCAGCGCGCCCCGCAGAGGCGGCCAGCGCCGCGGAGGAGGUGCCCGGAGCAGCACCCAGGCUGACUCAGGCUCCAGUGAGGACGAGGCAGCCAGCGAGGCCCGCAGCACUACCAGCGAGUGUGCCAGCCAGCUGAGCGCCGCCGCCGAGGAAGGCCUGGGGGGGGAAGCCGUGGAAGAGCAGGGUCAGCAGGAGGACCUUGAGGAGAAGGUGAAGGAAUAUGUGGACUGCCUCACAGACAAGAGUGCCAAGACCCGGCAGGGCGCUCUCGAGAGCCUGCGCCUGGCCCUCACAGCCCGUCUGCUCCCCGACUUCUUGCUGGAGCGCCGCCUCACCCUGGCCGACGCCUUGGAAAAGUGCCUCAAGAAAGGCAAGGGCGAGGAGCAGGCCCUGGCCGCGGCCGUGCUGGGCCUGCUGUGCGUGCAGCUGGGCCCUGGCCCCAAGGGCGAGGAAUUCUUCCGCAGCCUGCAGCCACUGCUUGUCUCUGUGCUCAGUGACAGCGCAGCCAGCCCUGCCGCCCGGCUCCACUGCGCAUCUGCUCUUGGCUUGGGCUGCUACGUAGCUGCCGCAGACAUUGAGGACCUGGUCUCCUGCCUCACCUGCUUGGAAGGUGUUUUCAGCCGGUCCUGCAGCGGGCGGGACUCCAGCCCGGUGGUCCCCGCCAGCCUGCAGGGCCUGCUCUGCGCUGCCCUGCAGGCCUGGGCACUGCUCCUCACCAUCUGCCCCAGCACGCACAUCGGCCCCAUCCUGGACAGGCAGCUGCCCCGGCUGCCCCAGCUCUUGUCCAGUGAGAGUGUGAACCUGCGGAUGGCUGCCGGCGAGACCAUCGCCUUGCUCUUUGAGCUCGCCCGGGACCUUGAGGAGGACUUUGCUUACGAGGACACUGAGGCCCUCUGCGGCGAGCUGCGCACUCUGGCCACCGACAGCAACAAGUACCGGGCCAAGGCCGACCGCCGGCGCCAGCGCUCCACCUUCCGGGCGGUGCUGCACUUUGUCGAGAGCGGCGAGUGUGAGGAGGAGACCAUCCGCUUCGGCCUCGAGGUGCUCUACGUGGACAGCUGGGCUCGGCGCCGGGUCUACGCCGCCUUCAAGGAUGCGCUGGGUUCCGGGAUGCACCACCACCUCCAGAACAACGAGCUGCUCCGGGACAUCUUCGGCCUGGGUCCGGUGCUGGUGCUGGAUGCCGCCGCCCUGAAGGCCUGCAAGAUCUCCCGUUUCGAGAAGCACCUGUACAACGCGGCGGCCUUCAGAGCCAGGACCAAGGCGCGCAGCCGCGUGCGGGACAAGCGGGCGGACGUCCUGUGAGCAGGCAGUCCUCAUCCUCGCCUGUGUUUUUAACAGAAGACCGUGCAACACCUGGUCCCUGCCAGGACUUGUCGCUUUUAUUUUUCUAAUGACAAAACCAAAGAGAUACGGGGCUGGGCUGGCUGGAGGUCACUUCGGACCCCCUGCACGCAGCCUCUUCCCUGUCUCAGGGCCACGGGGCAGGCAGAAGGCCGUGCCUUCCUCAGGCCUUGUGCCCCUGGGAUGAGUCACUUCCUGUGUGUGUGGGUGGCGGCGGUGGGGGUUGUCUAGACAAAUGCCACUGCACCACAGUGGGGAGGUGAUGCGACCUGGAUUGGAUUCUUGUGCUGGUUUUUAAAGAUGAUUAGAGAUAAUUAAACAGAACGCAGAGCC